AUGAGGUACUUCCACAAGGCAGCAAAGAAGUGGUGCGACGACCACGUCCGCGCCGACGCUCCCAAUCCUCCUCUCCUUCCCAAACCCGUCAUCGACCCUCACAACAAGCCCAUCAUGCCGCCUCUCACCGCCGACUAUACCUUCAAGCUGCCCAAUCCCGACAAGAAGAAGCCUGACAUUUCUCUCGCUGUGACCUUUGAGAUUCACGGAUUUGCGCCUAUUCAGCGUGAUGAUUGUUACCUUGGGUUUGGCAUGCAAAACGGCUGGGAUAAUGGGCGGAAGAACGAUGGAAAGGUGCAGGAGGAGGAACAAAUUGAGAAGGGUAAUGGUUGGGAUCAGUCGGUGGGUUGGAAUAGUUACGGUGUUAGCUUUAAGUGA